AUGGCAACUUAUCGCACAUUGGCUCGGUCGACUACCGCUGUUCUGGUCAUCGGCUCCUUGAUGUUCUACGUCCUGACGAGCUCUUUUAGAUCUGAUGUACACUCCUCAAGCUCCGCUUUGCCAAAGGCUGCUGUAUCCAACACAGAUGCAGUCUUGUACGUUCACUAUGAUGGCAGUGCUGCUGGACGACGCAAUUUACAAUUCUUCAUUGACCAUGCACUACACAGCAAUGCAGACUUCUACUUCAUCAUCAAUGGCUACAACGUGACUGCAACGAUCCCAGAAGCCAGCAAUAUACAUGUCGUCAAGCGUGAAAAUACAUGCUUCGAUCUUGGCACCAUUGGCGAAGUUGUGCAAGCAAAGGACGGCGACAUGAUGAAAAAGUAUAAGCGGUUCAUGUUCCUCAAUUCGAGCAUACGUGGCCCCUUUUUCCCAAAUUAUGCAAGACUUGCAAAGCAAGCAUGCUGGACACAGAAGCUGCUCGGGCUCCUUAGCGAUACUACGAAAUUGGUUGGGCUAACGGCAAAUUGUGGCGACCCUGAUUACGGACCAAAACAUCUCCAGUCAUUUGCGCUCGCAACAGAUCAAGUUGGGUUGCGGGCAAUGUUACCCAUCCUCAAGUGCUUCACCAACAAAGUGGACGCCAUCAAGCACGGUGAGACUGCACUUACACAGAGUGUCCGAGAUGCAGGAUAUGACGCUGUUCCCCUGUAUUCUGCCUAUGCAGAUGGCGGUCGCUCCAGCAAAUCAAACUCUGAGUUCUGGGAGAGCUGUAAGCACAACGACAUCUUUUACGCUGAACAGUACUUUGGCAUGGAUGUACAUCCUUUUGACACCAUAUUCACCAAGGUUUGGAGAGGCGACCGGGGCACGGCGCCACUGUCUCCUCUUGGUAUGAAGGCAUUGGAUCAACUGACCAAAUGGGCAGAUGAAAGCAGCUUUUCCAGCUAUGACCAGUGCUGA